GAUCACGCGCCUGUAAUACUUCAGUGGAAUCUGAAGUACGAUUAUGCGCACAAAGCUUCACGCUCUGUACAUUUCAAGAUGGCGGCUAUUUCGAAGCAGGAAUAUCUGAAACGUUAUUUGUCAAAUUCCGAUAGUGGAAAAAAGAAAAAGAAGAGGAAAGUCCCCAAAGUAGCUUCAAAACGUCCAACAUCCAUCAUCGUGGAUGAUGAUAUAACACUUGAAGACGUAAAAGUGAACCAUGAAGAGAAUGAAAUGAACGAAUUUGAAGUUGACGCCGAUGAGGCACCAGCGGUUUAUGAGGACGAUGGCGUUACUAAAAUCUCCCUUGAGACUUUCAAAAAACGCGAAGAAGAUCAGAGAAAUAAGUGGGCGCCGAUCAACAAAAAUGCGCACCCAUCACCGUCCGAAGAGGUAGGAGAGAAAUCGAAUUACGACAGUGACCAUUCACCUCCAAGAAUAACGAAAAGGCGAAGGCAGGACACUCCAGAUUUGUCACCACGUAGUGGUUUGAUGGCUAAUAGCCCUGAUCAAUCACCUCUGAGGAACAGAUGUAGGAGGAUAGAAGCUGAUAACAGCCCACCAAGAUCUAGAAGAAGACAUGAUUCUAGUGACUCAAUUCCAGAGGAAGCACAAAAUCAGUUACAUGUUCAUAACAGAUCUACUACAUCAAGAAUCCGUAAUGACUCUCCUGACCUAUCCCCUCUCCGGUCAGGACCUAAUAGUGGCUCUACUGCAAGAAGAGUUCGAAAUGACUCUCCUGAUCUUUCCCCUUCGCGGUCAGGAUCGAAUAAUAGAGACUCUGGUGGCAGGAGGGUUCGAAAUGACUCUGUUAACCUCUCCCCUCCCCGAUCAGGAAGAAAAAGAGACUCUACUGUAAGGAGAGGACAAAAUGAUUCUCCUGAUCUUUCCCCUCCUCGGUCUAGAUCACAUGGAGUCUCCUCUGCAAGGAGAACUAAAAGUGACUCUCCUGACCUUUCCCCUCCUCGGUCAAGAAUGAAUAGAGGCACUGAUCAUUCACUAGCUAGAAAAAGGACAAACAGUGACUCUGAAUCACCUCCAAGGAAGCAUGGCAACAGUGAUUCAGAUCAGUCACCUCCAAGAAGAGAAAACAGACCUGAAAGAGGAAGUAAAUCAAGAGAGAUUACAAAAUCAGGAUCAGAGGACACAAUGGCAAGUGGUAAGUGAGCAGGUUAUUAGGGACCUUAAGCAACUACGAUGAGGACGGCAAUGAAAAUAUCACUAAAAAAAUGAAUUUGCGUCCUUUCAAACUUCAUUGCAACUCUUUGGAACUGCUCAAUUUGUUAAAUGUAACUGUGACUUUUCCUGGAGUUGAAUUCUGAAGGGAUUUAGCCAUGCUGAAAUAGAGAAAGGAAAAUUUGUCGUCAUAUGUCCACAUCCUCCAUAUAAUGUCGCUUUGGGAGGUUUCACGUCAUAGUCGUGCAGUGGACGUUAAAGAAAUGUACCAAAAACAGGGUCCGAAAUUAACUUUUUAAUACGAACGCCAACUGGCGAUCAAGUAUAAAUUUUUGGUCGCCAGAGGGCAAAUUGUGUUCGCCAAAAAUUCCCCCUCCCUUUUUUUCAAAUAAAAGUUUAAACACGAAUAAAAAAUGCAUGGUAUGGACGUUUUUGUGCUUAAAAAUUGCAAUACUUCCGCUCCCGAUACCAGAAAGAAACCGUACGUGUACAAGUGAAGUCUCAUUUUUUCCACCAAUUACUUUUUGGAGAUAUACAUGUAAAGCCAUCUGAUCUAGUACGUAGGAACAGAAAGCUGUCCGCCCAUGACUGCACCGGAUCAUAUCAAAACUAUUUUCUUCCGAUAACUACCACAAAACAAUCCACAAAACAACUACGAAACAUAGCCGCCAUGUUGCUCGUACCAGGCCACAUUUUUUUUGUGCCACAUUACUCGUAAUGGCGGCUUGGAAACGUUCAACUCGUAUUGAUCGUAGCUGUUGUGGAGGUAUUAUUACGGGAAGAUUCAUUUCACUUUUAAUUUAAACAUAUCAGCAGGACAAAAAGUAACACACCUGUUGGCAAAUAGCUUCGAGGUUUCAAUUCUUAAUCAGUUUUUCCGAACGUUUAAGUCCACAAUAACAACCAGCUUUACAAGUCGCUAGCUGGGGACCAUUCUGGUCGCCAGGACUAAAUUUUUAGUCGCAUUGGCGACCAGGAAGGCGCAAUUUCGGACCCUGAAAAAGCGUGAUACACAUGUAAAGCUGUUGUUUUGGUCAUAAAACCAAUUGUUUUUUGAUGUUGUUGUUGUCGUUGUCUUCGUAGUUGCUUAAGGUCCGUAUCAUCACUGAAGGGGUGUGUGGGAAAAGGCUCUAAAGAGGCAUCAAAAGUCUUUUUUGAGCCUUAUUCCACCUUCCAAGGGGUGCAUGAAACAAGGCCCCCUACGAGCUACUUUACAAAGCUUUACGAGGGGAGGCUUAACCCAAAUGUCUGGAAUAGUGAUAAAUUAUUAAAAAGAUACAGCUGUAAGGUGCAUCUGUUCAAGAUAUUUUAAUGCAAGGACCUUUUAAAUACCUAAAAAUGGAAGAUUUCUAUAUCUUUUCAAAAACGUCUUUUUGUAAAAUCCCUAUCCUUCUGUAUACCUGAAGUCUGAGUUAGGUUCCCCCAUUUCGGGUGGAGCCUCCCUGUAAUUAUGUUUUAGGUCAAAAUUAAAUUCAGGUUAAAAUGUUUCAACCUAGGUUUAUUUUCACUUUCCUUUGUCUCCUAGCCCUGAUUCUUCAUGAACUAGAGCUAGGAGAUGAAGGAAAUUGAGAAUCAACCUAGGGUAAAAAAAUUUAACCUGGAUUUAAUUUUGACUAGUAACAUAUAUGUUGUAGUUAAUUUUUUAUCUCAGGUAGUUUUUAGUUUUCCUUUGUUUCAACUUCAUUAGCAUACAUUACCAUUCUCAAAAACAAAAGAAAUUUAACAAAAAUUACCUGAGAUAAAAAAUUAACUACAACGUAUACAUGUAGGACCUUAACAGAAGUACCCCUUAGGAUUAGACCCUAAAUGACUCCUAACAUAAUGUGAAAUUCUCCUUUGUUUUCCAAGCAAAUACAAGGCAAAUUGAAAGGAAAAUAUUAACACUUAUCAUAAGUCACUUGGGGCUUUGUUCUAGGAAAUGCUGCCCUUCUUUUGUCUUUUAACACUUAACACCACCCUGAAACAUUCUACAUCUGAAUCUGAUACUGCCAAAACAUUUUCUUCUAACUACCAUCAUACUUUUUCCAAACCUUUUGUAGGGAAUGUCAAAAAGAGAUAGUGAAUGUGUAAGAUUUAUUAUGAUUUUGGGCAUCUACUUCUCUUCUUGUCUUUCUAAAUAAUAUUACUAAAAAUUUAUUUAAAGUUUGUAAUAAUGUAUUGGUGAACAGAUACUUGCUAGGAGCAGCUCUGGAGUAAAAAUGCUGUAAAUCUCUUAAAGUUCAUCACAUUUUACUAAUUAUUGUUAACAUUAUUAUUAGACUGCAAAUCAUGUCAACAACUUGAUGCUCCAACACUGCAUUCCCAACUUCCUAGAGCAGGCCGAUACACCCAGCCUGGCAAAUAAGAGAAUUAACAAUAGGAUGAUGUCUAUUUUCAAAUGCAUUAACUUUACCAACUAUCCAGCAUACCUUAAAGGAUUAUUUCAGUUUGGAACAUCUGACCAUACGUGUAGCUUAAGAUGUAUGAAUGUGUUAGUCUUGCCAAAUCCAAAACAACUACAUAUGGUCUUAACUCAGUUAGAUAUGCCACGGCGAGAUUUUGAAUCUUGCUUCCUGAUUCUUUUAGGAGAACCACUAGUCGGAAUGAAUUUAGACAUUUACUUUUUUCCCAUAGCUUCAUAAAUUAGACGUUUACUAUUACCGCCAGUUUGUGUCUUCAUGUUAAUAUGUUUUUUAUGUGUGAUGUUGUAUGUUUAUUUCAUCUGAGAUACUAGUCGUUAGGCUACUCUAAAAUCAGAAGUUAAAUAAAGUUAUGUAUGUAUGUACAUGUACAGUGUAUGUAUGAAUGUACAGGCUUGUGUCAUUGAUUUCCUUAUUUCACAAUGAUGUAAUAAUUCACACAGUACAGUAAUGACACUUUGGUUACAUUGCUUUGUAAGUUAUUAUGUUCAUGUUUGUGUUUUAACCCAAAUGGAUAGGACGGAAGGCUGGUCUGCUCACUGCUAGCGACCUGAAGAUAGAAAAUGAAAGGAAAAGAGUGCAGGAAGCAGAGAUGUUCUCCAAGAUGGAUCCCUCUGUGUCUGGGAAGGGUUCAGAAACAGUGCACCGUGAUAAGAUGGGAAGAAAAAAGGACAUCAAAAUGGACAGAAUCAAGAGGCGAGAAGAGGAACGCAAAGAGAUGGAAGAGAAUGAGAAAUUCAUGGAAUGGGGAAGAGGGUAAAUUAUUUUUUGCUUCCACUAUCUAAAGUCUUCAAACCACGAUAACAGAACAUGAUUCUACUUGUGCACAGAAUGGGAGUCAAGAAUUUUUUUUCCAUCACUGCUCUUACAUUAAUUUUACAUGUAGCUGUCAGGGGGUUGGAAAUGGAGGAAAACAAGAGCUCUCCUUUUUCUCCCUCUCCCACACUUCCCUGCUGUGGCUUCCUUUGGAGAGCUUCCUUGCAAGCUACAUACACUGUUAAGUAGCCUCUUCUGCAGGUUUUCUUUUUUUCGUUUGUCUAGUCAUAUUCCACAGGUCAGGGUAUAAAUCACUCAAGGUUCUCAUUAAGUGCCGGUAACCAGUUAAAAAACCAAUAGUCUGCAUAGCUGGCAGGCGCGUGAGCAAAGUUUAGGGAUAGGAACUGCAAAACCGUGUGGAACAUGGGGAGGAAAAUUCUCACAGCUGCUAAAACAAUCCACCAGUUACCCAGGCUUAAAAAACGGGCUACCUUAAAUGUCUUAUAUUUUGAGCCACCUACUCUUUGGGGAAAAAGGGUAAGGUGAAAGAGCGAGAGCCUGAUAUCCCUUUAAGUCUCAAGAGUGACCAAAGUCAAUUUUCUCCAAACAAUAUCAAAUUAUACAUAAUCAUGGGAAAAUGUGGUGAGAAUUAAUAAAAUAGGCACCUAUUGGGAAAAGCUUUGAUAUACAAACAAAUUCUCUUAACCAGUUAUUCAAGGAAAUGUAUGGAGAUCAGUCUGGAGAAUUUGUAUUUGGAUAUUGGGGCUUAAAGGGAUAUUGCCUUCAGCGAUCCACUGCCAAACCGCCUACUGUACAUGUACAUGUAGCUGUCAACUUCAAAACUUGAUGAGAACCCUAUGUCACUGCACAAUCAUAUAAAAACAGACAAAAGCUCUCCUCUGUAGCUCUAUUUGCCACCCAAAAUGUGGUUCUAGGUAAAGUGUGCACUAUUGCCUCAGUUAUCCAUCAUUAGUAAGUUUAUACAAAAGGAUGGCAGGAAGAAGAGGACAGCAAAACGCUCAUGUGUGACAAACGUGUCACAGGGCUAUUACUUACGUAGUUUGUCGUAAUGUUCACUUAACAUUAAUAUUUUCUGGUCUUUUACAAAAAGAUCUGUUUAAAAGAAAGUGGAGUUAUUUAGUGUCUUGCUUGUCACACUCCAUUUGCCGUCUUCUUCCCUCUCCCGUCCUGUUGCAUAAGUUCACUGAUGUAUAAGUGACCUGUGGAAUGUUACUUGCAAAAAAACCCUCCCUUGCCUCCCACUCAAAUAAAACUUUCAUGGACAGGGAUUUGGAUUUAAGCAGAAGUGUUUUUCAGAGGUGUUUCUUUUCUCUCUAUUUGUUAUCAGAGUGACUCAAACAAAACAAAAUAAGGAAAAAGUUGCUGAUUAUUUACACGAAGUUGACAAACCACUUGCUCGGUACCGUGAUGAUAAGGAUCUUGAGAUGAUGUUAAAAGAAAAAGAGAGGGACGACGAUCCAAUGUUGGCUUACAUGAAGCAAAAAAAGAAAAAAAAGGACAUCAAAGCGGGAAAGAAAGGUGAGGUUGGUGCUACUCUCGAGGGACAUUAUUUUCUCUUGCUCUUAUUUAACCCUUUAAGUCCCAAUAUUCUCCUCACUGUUCCUCGUGCUUUUUUAUUAUGGUAUUGCUGGAGAGAAUUUGUUCUAACAUCACAACAUUUCAUCUUUGGUGAUCAUUUUAUUCAUUCUCAUGACCUGCAUGUUUGAUCAGGCAGUGUUAUUGUUGAGAGAAAUUGGAUGCUGGUCACUAUUGGGACUUAUAGGGGCUGUGACACGGCUGUCCAGUUCAUUUUGUUUGUAAUCCCAAUUGUGCGUAGUCUGUUACACAGCCGUUCAUUUUAGCGUCGUCGCGCAACGCUAAAAACGACUUUGUAGCAGACUAACUUGGGCAUAGAUUAUCGCUAUGAAACUUGCGAAAUUACUUGUGAAUGACAAAAUCACAGCUUCGUGUCAAACAAACAUGUCUCUCUAGCAUUAUAUCAAACAUUACAAACGACAAAAAUGAACUUUGAAAAACUGUCAGGCUAACAACUUUUCAAAAACCACAAUUGCAGUCAUUAUGCGUUUCAAUCCUCUUCACGUUUGUCCAUCCGUGCCUUCUCAGUUUUUAUUUGCGGUGUCAUAAUUAUAUACAAUCUUGUUACAUUUUUAUCAGUUUUUAUAACGUUUCAUUUAAAUCGGUGGCAGUUCCCACUGUCUGAAUUUUGGUGAAAUUCGUGACAGAGCUCCUUUAAUGAAAGCAAAAACUAGCUGUCAAUUUAGAGGGAGGGGAGGGAAUAAUGGGGAAUUAUUUACUUGCCCACCUGUCCCCUCCCCCCACCCACCACCCCCAUACUUCUUGCCCGCUGUUGUUGCGUUUCUUCCUACAUAUUUGCAUUAAGAAAAAUGGAAUGGCUGUUAAUAAUCUGCUGGGAAUUACAGCUGUAAAGAUGCACUACGAUGCUUCGGAGAACUGCGACAUUUCUUCCAACGAUGUGAAUACAUGUAUCAGUAUUUAAACAAAACAUCGUGAUAUUACGACACAAUAAAAUAUGUACAACGAGAAUUCCUUACCUGAGAUCUGCAGUUUAGCCGUUUUGAGGCGAUUUAUGAUAUAAAACAUACCUGUAUCAUAGUAGAAACCACCCCUGCUUUGCUUGCUUCAAUUGGUGAACAGUCGCGUGCUUAUGCACACUUAUUACAUGUGUUUGUCACUUUGUCAGCGGUACAGUCUUUUGCGCCCACAAUGUAUAUGUAACGUACAUGUAUCGUUGCCCUUAUGGUAUCGUGGGAAAACGUCGUAUUAAAGGGGCUGUGUCAAGGCAGUCCAGUUCAUUUUGUUUAAUUUUGCCAAUUACUCGCCCUCAAUCGCUAUGGAACUUAAAGUAAGCAAAGAAAUUACAUGUAAAUGACAAAAUCAGAGAUCCGAGACAAACAAAUAUGUCUCCUGAGCAUAAUUUUUGAAGUUGCAAGCAGCACGAAUCUACUUUGAAAAACUGUUAGGCUGAACCAAGAGCCAUAAUGAGACAAAAAACCAUAAUUUUAAUCCGUUUCAAUCUUCUUCAGUUUUGCCCAUCCGUGGCAUCUGUUGUUUCUGUUGUGUUAUUUUAACUUCUCUUUAAUGUUUUAAGCGGUUAUUUCUAUGUUUCUUUUAAUUUAACGGGCAUUUUUUAAUUUUCUAAUUUGGCUGAAUUUCGUGACACAGCUCCUUUAAGUUGAGAAGUUUUUCAACUGUGUCGUGUGAUGUGAUUGUUACUAGGCCAGACUCAGUUGUUCAAAAGGUGGAUAACUCUAUCCACUGGAUAAAUCUCUAUCCAUUGGAUAACGCAAUUGGUUUCCCAAUCACUAAUCCAGUAGAAAGGGAUUUAUCCGCUCAAUAGCGCUGUCCAGCGUUUGAAAAUUGCCGCCAAGUUUAAUUAUUUUUUUCUUUUACAGAAAAACCAGUAUACAAAGGACCCGAGCCUCCCCCCAACAGGUUUAACAUUCGACCAGGGUACCGUUGGGAUGGUGUAGAUCGGUCAAACGGUUUCGAGAGGAAACGAUUUGCAAUGCUGGCCAACAAGAUGGCAACACAAACACAAGCGUACAAAUGGAGUACAGAGGACAUGUGA